UCAGCUGUUCGACGCUUGCGUGACGUCAUUUCCGGACUCGAUUGCCCCAUCUCUUUCUACUUAUAGCUUACAAGACGACGGGCAAACAUGGACAAGACGACGAGUCAAUGUCAAAAUACUGUCUGACAACGCGUCCGCCCCCUUUCCACCAAAUAUAAUCUGUUGUUCUGGCUGAGGCCUAUCAUCGCGGUCUCCACUCACUGGUAUUUUUGGGGGGCUCCAUUGGGAUAGAUCCGCCUGGGACGGUGGGACACGGAUUUAUUUUUGGUCGUCUUCGCACAAGAGGGAAACAGGCCAACAGGGCCAUGAUAUGGACACCUAAGAUUCAUAUUUAAUCUGAAGACGAAUGGUUUUGCCAAAUGGAUCCAGGUGUUGUAGACAUCCCGGUGAUUCUUGUCAUCAAGGCACCGAACCAGAAGUACACCGACCAGAGAAUUAAUUGUUUCGAGAACUGGACAGUGGAGAAGCUGAAAGCCCACCUCACUGAUGUUUACCCCAGUAAACCUAGCUCGAAAGACCAAAGGUUGGUGUAUUCUGGGAAGCUCCUUUUGGAUCACCUUACCUUAAAAGAUGUCCUGAGAACGCAGGACGAGUACCACAUGCUCCAUCUGGUGUGUGCGUCCCGCACCCCCCCGCCCUCCCCGAAGGCCCACGGCAGCAGUAAUAAGGCCCCGCCGGGCCCCCCCGCCGGCCCCACGAGUUUUGCUAACCCGUCCACGUCUCAGAGCGGCCAAUCGCAGAGCAGCGAUGGGGUCCAGCAUCGAACGCAUGGCCCUUACUACCCCAUGCAUCCAGCCUUCAUGCAUGGUUUACCAUGGAACCAGUAUUCGCCACAGCCAGUUCCUCCAACCAACCCAACAGAAAGUCCCACGUACAACACCAUGACCCUUAUGUGGUGGCAGCAGCAAUACUUCCGUCAGUACUACAUGCACUAUCAGGCGUGGAGCGCUUCAGCGCAGCAGCACUGGCGGAACCAGCCCGCCGGCGCCGCGUGGCCAAUGGACGCCUCCCAGCCCCCUCGGGAGUAUCGCCACGGCAACAACGUCAACAACAACGUGGAGGGGGCCCAGGCGGCCGCGCGUCCGGCUGACGCCCCCAACAACAACAAUGAGGAGGAGGAGAACCGCGACUGGCUGGACUGGGUGUACACCAUGUCGCGCACCGCCAUCCUGAUCAGCAUCGUGUACUUCUACUCCUCCUUCAGCCGCUUCGUCCUGGUGAUGGGCGCCAUCCUGGUCCUCAACCUGCACCAGGCCGGCUGGUUCCCAUUCAACCUGGAGAACGACGCCCAGGCAGGGGAGGACGGGGCCCUGCCGGAGGACAACGCAGACCCCCAGGAGGGAGCGAUGGAUGACACGUUGGACGACGACGACGACGAUGACCCUGAUGAAGAUAAUGGGGCUGGUGCUGAUGAUGGUGGUGUCGGCGCUGAUGAUAAUACUGGGGUUGGCGGUGAUGAGGAUAAUGAGGGUGGAGCUGGUGCAGAAGGAGAAGGAGCGGAGGACACGGAUGUUGCCCCCCAGGCCAACUUCCUGUCCACCACCUGGUCGUUCAUCGUAACAUUCUUCAUGUCGCUCAUCCCCGAGGGGCCGCAGAAUGCUGCGAACUGAGGCCCAGGCGGGCCCCUCACCACGGGCGUCUCAACACAGCCAAAUGGGACAGGCGAACCUCAUCCAGUAUUUUCCACUGAACUGUGGCCAAGUCCCUUAUCAAACCACCCUGAAACUCAAGACGAAGUUCAACGCAUAUGAUUCACAUGACUGCUACAGUAAAGCUACAACACCUAUUCAAGUGUCGGAAAGAAUAUUCUCUUUUUUUUUUUUUUUUUUACUUCUAGGAGUGCGAGUUGCCUGUUGGAUUGGUAAAGUGAUUGUGUCGUUAUAUUAAUUUCAUGUAAUAACAGGAACGUCGCCUUUGUCAUAUUGUCUCUUGGCCAUUGAAUUUUUCUGUCACACAAAAUGUAGAUAUUGUCUUUGUAUGGUAUACGAUAUUUGUAGUUUUAUUAUAAUUAUCAGCAUUGUCCACAUCGUGAACGGACUCUAGACAGUCUGUCCAAAAGAGGCACAGUCCCAAGUUAUACUAUUCGACUAUGCAAUUACAGAAUUGUGUUAUAAAAUGCUACCAUCCCUGAUUUCAGGGAUGGAUUAAGAUGUGCUUUAGUUUUGAUGAAUAGUUUUCCCCUGUACUUAUCUUUUAUGAAAUGUAGGCCUUUGUAUUUUAUUCUUAAUAGAAUGCAGUGGCAUUUAAUAUAUUAUAAUUGUAAGAAGAAAGUAAUGACUCCAAUAUAAUGCUACUCGGCAUAGCUUGUUGACUACACGUUCAACCAAAUGUUCUGAAAGAUAAGGUAUUUUUGAAAAUGAAUAUCCUCGACACAAUGGCGGUGUAAUCUUCUGUAACAACAUUUGAGGCCUAAAGAAUUGAAUUAAGAUGAUUACCCAUUUGAGGUUAAGCAUCACCCAAAUGUACACUGGGUUGAUAAUCACUGCAUCUGUCACCCCUUUCACUCAUCUCAAUAAAUUAAUCGAGGCCCUCACGUUACAA